AUGGGACGACCAAAAAAAGAUGUUAGUGAAAAAAAAUUAGAAUUGUUUCAAUUGGAAUUGGAACGAGCAGGUAACAAUGCUUCACAAUUGAUACAGGACAAGAGGGGGAGAUCAAGGUCGUGCCUGCUAUGCAGAAGGCGGAAACAAAAAUGUGAUCACAAGUUGCCGAGUUGCACUGCGUGUUUGAAAGCUGCUGUGAAAUGUAUCCAGCCGACCAACUACCGAGCCCCGAGUGUGAAUCUGAGCAAUUCGCCGGUGGGAUCUGGGACGAUUGAUAUCAGUGGGGGAGGCAUGCCUAUGCCUAGUGGAGUGCCUAGUGGAAUGCCUAGUGGAAUGCCCAUUGGCAAAUCGCCCCCAUUAAACCCCGGACAUGUACAGAAACCAAAUGAAGAUGACAAGAAAAACGAUUACACCAAGCUAUUGGAGCGGAAGUUGAAAUAUUUGGAGAAACUGAUUGAUUUGAACCCGAGUGGUGUCACGUACAAGAAGAAGAAGGAGAAUUACAAGAAAAUCACCCAAUUCCUGGGGGCGAUCCCGCCGAUCGAGCCUCAUGGCAGCGGCAGUGACACACGACGGAAAAAUGUGAAAUAUAGCAUACCGAUGUUGGCGAGCGAUUCGCUGGAUAGCAUCGAUUUCAGCAAGUGCAUCUUUGGCAAGUACAAUCUCAAGGAGUUCAUGAUGUACGACCCGGCGUUUGAGUUCAACGAACGGCUGUCACGGACGUUCCUGGACAUCUUCUUCAACAAGAUCCAGUUCAAGUACCCGCUUUUGAACGAGGCCGAGAUAUAUGCGUUCCAUGAAAAUUAUAUACGAGACGACAUAUACGGGUAUUCCGAAAAGAGCUUCCAUUUCAACUGUGGCCGAGUAUGGAUGGUGUAUUGUAUUAGUUCUUGUUUGUGCAGCCCGCAAGGCAAUGGCAACAGCGCUGCCAACAGCGAAACCCACGAAGGGUAUCCCUCAGUCCGCUAUUUUUCCACUGCAGUACGACACAUCACGAAAUGCGGCGACCAACUGGGCAACAUGGAAAAGAUCGAGUUGCUGACAUUGCUCGUGCUGUAUCUGUUGCGGACCGACCGCGACUCGAUCGUCCUGUAUGAGAUCAUCGUCGAUGUCAUGGCAAUAGUCAAAGACGUGCUAGGGCUGAACCGAGGCGGGUAUGACGAAGAACACAAACGGGUCUUUUGGUGUGUCUAUCUGUUGGAACGCAUGAUCUGCGUUGCUGUCGGGAAGGAAUACACGAUCCAAGAACGCGAGGUCAAUGUGGCACUGAUGACCGAUACCCACAGGUACAAAUUUUUGAACGAGAACAUCCGGCUGUUCCGCAUCGAGAGUCGGUUUGUCACCGAGUUGAAACUGUUGCCCCAGAACAAGAUCCACCGCAGCAACGAGAGCAGGACCAAGCACGAGUUGCAGAUCGUCGAGCGCUACUACAAAGAGCUUGAACAAUGGCAACUGGACGAAGAAUCCAUCAAGAACGAGUUGAACAAGUACGAGAACGAGGCCUUGAAGUUGAACUACUACCAAAGCGUGCGCCUGCUCAUCGAGCCUUACUUGGAGGUCCUCAACACAGAAAGCAAACUCUUCCGCGAAUGCCAAAGCAGUGCCGGCCGGAUCUGCCAGAUAUACAAGAAUUUGAACCAGCGCAGUAAAAACGGACAUUCCACCCCGUCCGUCCACACCGUUUUCAUAGCCGGAGUCACGCUUAUCUAUUGCAUGUGGCUGAGUCGCAACCAGGACGACAAGCGAAGACGCAAGCUGGGCGACUCUUCAAAACACACCCGGCCUCUGGUCAGCGGCAGUCUAUUCAGCAACCUGGACGACCUUCGAGCAUGUUCCAUCUGCCUCUAUGUGAUGACUGAACGAUCUGGGUUUGCAAGACUGUUCCGUGACACCUUUGACCAACUGAUGAACGCCACGGUCGGGAAUCUGAUCGAAAGAUGUGGGCCUGAUUCCAGCGAGUUGAUAUACAUCUCCAAGAAACGCCACGGCAAGCACCACACCGAUGCAGGCCGCCAACAGCGCAACCGCAUGCUGGAGGGCAAUCCGAUCCCCAAGUCGCUUUCACACCUGUUGAUCCAGGAAGACAAGAAGGAGGCCGAGGCACAGGCCGAGGCCGAGGCCGAGGCACAAGCACAAGCACAAGCACAGCCAAACGGCGACCAAGACUACCCUGCCACGACUCACGCUGUCUCCACGCCCAGCAGCACCGGCACUGGCGACCUCCCUCUACGCUCCACACAGCCUGCCGUGGCACCCGCGGAAUCAGCAACCCCGACCCUGUCUGCCACCGCUCCCUUGCAAGUGGUGAAAAAACCCGCCAACUCACGGGAAUUCUUCGACUGGGAAACUUUCCAGCAGCAGGCGUUUCUCCAGCAACAGCAGGCCCAGCAGAACCUGCAGAUCUACCUGAGCACGCUGAACCGCGAACUGCCUGCAGCGGGCACGCCGGGACUGGCUGCCGCCAACACGCAGAUGUUCGAGCCCGAGAGCCUGGCAAAAGAUCUGCAGGUGCAGGCUCAGGCUCAGGCACAGGCGCAGGCGCAGAUGCAGCUGCAAUUGCAACUGCAACACAGAGACACGGCGGCAGCGACUCUGCCCGGCUCACAGUCAUCCGGACAGCCCGUGCAGACUGGCUUCGGACUGGCAAUCCCUGCACAGACCCCCACAGGCGCAGCCCCCCACGCUGCCCACUACGCGCCCCACGAAAGCGUCACCGACAUGAUCACCAACAUCUCGACGUGGACCAACGACUCGGUGACUGGAUUUGCUCAACAGUGCCGCAAACGACAAAGGCGGGGCGUGGUAGAUCUCGCGUUUUUCCGUUUGCGGCGGGGCGUGGCGGAUGGGGAAACGCGGACGCGAGCGUGCGUGCGCCGUCUGUGUGGGAGUGCGCGCCUGCGCCUUAUCUGUGGCAUUAUCUGGGCCUUAUCUCCAGGUAGUCGUGGUGACUCGCACGUUUCUUUUGGGUUUUUGCUUUGGUGUCUGUCUUGUUUGGUAUUUGCAUUCGCCGUUGCUUUUGUCGUUCUUUGGCCGUUGUUUCGGCGCUGCCGCUGCCGCUUUGGGCGUGGCGUGGCAAGCAGCGUGGCGUGUCGGCGGGGUAUAUAUAGCGGGUGCUGGAGGGUUUUCGAGACAAAGGACUGCCGCUUGGUCGUUUGUUUGUUUGCUUGUUUGCUUGUUUGUUUGCUUUUGCUUGCUCGGCUGUCGUGUUGUCUGGUCGCUUAG